CUUUGUUUUUACGCGAUUCGGAAAAUCAGGGAAAGGGAUUUGUUUUUUGUUUGUUUGUUUCUAAAUUGUUUGUCCUUUUAGCUGUCGCGACUAACUUUUUUAAACGCUACUUAAAACUUCGUUUUUUUUUAAAUCAAGCAAGACAUCAGGACAUAAUGCAUUACCUUUUCUUGAAGCUUACCUUGGUGAAAGUUCAGAACUAAAGAUUGUUCAGACUGUGCAUUUGCACAACUUUGGAGAGCGAUGGCUGACAUCAGGACGUACAAUGUGGUAAUUCUGGGAACAGCAUUUUUACUCCUUUUUACAGCUUUCACCACCUGUGGAAAUAUAGAACAAACUGUGGUGAAAAGCUUGGAUAAUGCUACUUUCAGUGGAACGGGUUAUCACAGCCUCGGCAUAAUAUAUGGAGUUUUUUCCUUUGCUAAUUUAUUUGCUCCCACUGUGGUAGCAAUAAUCGGACCAAAGUUUACUAUGUUCUUCAGUGGAAUUCUUUACAGUGGCUACAUAGCCGUAUUUAUUACCCCAUCAACCUGGUCCUUUUAUCUGACCUCAGUGCUGAUCGGGAUGGGAGCGGCUUUGCUUUGGACAGCUCAAGGUCGCUUUCUGGUGGGAAACUCAGAUGCCUCCACCAUUAACAGGAACACGGCAAUGUUUUGGGCUUUGUUGCAAUGCAGUCUGUUGUUUGGAAAUCUUUACGUCUAUAUAGACUGGAAAGAAAAGACAGAAAUAUCAGACAGUGAUAGAAAGAUGAUGUUUGUUGCUCUUCUGGUCAUCUCUCUGCUUGGAACUCUAAGCUUCCUCUUUCUUCGAAAGUCAAAUCAGGAGGAGGAGGAGGAUGUUCUGUCAGAAGUGGAAGACCAGGCCUUGCUAUCGUCUCAACGAAUAUUAAAACACAGAGUCGGUUCUGCCGUGAAAGAGGCCAAAACAGAUUUCAAGACAAUGCUGCAUCUUUUUGGCACGAAAACUAUGUUACUGUUAAGCUUCUCCAUGGCUUACAGCGGUCUGGAGCUGUCCUUUUACAGUGGUGUGUAUGGAACUUGCAUUGGAGCUACGACUCAUUUCGGAGACAGCUCCAAAGCUUUAAUAGGCAUUUCAGGAAUUGUGGUGGGAAUCGGAGAGAUCAUUGGGUUGCUUUCAGGCGGAGGGCUUUUUGGCCUUGUGCUGAAGAACAACCACUUCAGACGCACAUCAGUCGUCUUCCUUGGAAUGGUGGUGCAUUUUGUGGCCUUCUACCUCAUCUUUCUCAACAUCCCAGAUGAUGCUCCGGUCGUCUUUGAAACCAGCUCGCAGCACAACCCCUAUCUGUUUCCAAGCGUGUACAUCGCAAUGCUGUGCAGCUUCCUGCUUGGGCUCGGGGACAGCUGUUUCAACACUCAGCUUUACAGCAUCCUGGGUUGUGUUUACACUGAACAAAGCAUUCCAGCAUUUGCUAUCUUCAAAUUUGUUCAGUCCAUCUGUGCAGCAGUGGCGUUUUUCUACAGUGGCUACCUGCUGCUAAGCUGGCAGCUCCUCAUCAUGGUCAUCCUGGGCUUCAUGGGCACGCUGUGCUUCUUCUUGGUGGAGCGGACCCAGAGCGUCUCAGCUGAUCUGUCGGAAUACUAGCUCUUCUUUUUAGACCAUUGUCUAUUCAGGUUUUUUUUAAAAACUUUUUUAUUUGCAAUCUUGUUAAACAUGCGCAGCAUUUGCACUGUAUUUGCCAUGCUCACACUGCUCACGUUAAGCAAAAAUACAAUCAUAUUUUUAAUCAUUGCCGAAGUGUUUAUGAUGAUCGUUAUCAGUGGUGGAUAAAGUACAGUGUUGACUGAAACAUA